UGUAAAUAUUUGGAAAACAUCCAAUGUCACUUUUCCUUUCAGCGCCAAGAAAUUUUAUCAAACAAUUUUUUACCCUUUCUACUCUAUUUUUUAACACUUAGAAUGGAAACUCCACCGAAUAUCAGUCAAGGGAAUGUUGAAUAUAAGAGUUCGCAAGACCGCAUUCGUGAGUUUGUUGGAAAAGUGAAAAUUAUUCUUGUUGAAUCUCCUAAAGGAAUAUAUCUGCUUAAAAGAUGGACAGCAGCGUUUAUUGCUCUGUCACAAAUGUUUAUUGGAAUCAACAAUGUGAUGAUAUUGUUUUACGCAUUGAGUUUUAAGUCGAACAUCUUAACUACCUUGCAUAUAUUUUUAUGUAUGGUUGGGUUCCAACUAUGUAUUCCAAUUGCAAUGUUAAGUCUGAAUAACUACAAUGGAUCAACAGUUACUAUGAAUAGAGGAGAUAAAAAAUUUGAACAUGUAUUUUUGGGUGCAUUCGGUAUUUUCUGUGUUACAUUUGGUGCUAUAACAAUACUUGCGGAUAGAGGCGCGGAAUUGACUACACAUGCUACAUGUGGACAUUCUGCGGGUUGUUUAAUCUUCCUAAGCUGUUUGACAGGGUUAUGUGCGAAUGGCCAAGGAAUAUUUGUCAUCUUCAUAAAGUACGUUCACAUCCUUACCGGUAUAUUAGGUUUUAUAGCUUCGUCUGUUUGUUUUACUUCCGGUUUGUACAGACCAUGUAUUGAAGAUUGGUUACCUGGGUCAAGUGUUAUUUCUUUCUUAAUCACAUUCUGUUGUGUUUACACUACUGUGAUUACUUUGGUCUCAUUUAGAAGUUUAUUUAAAUAUUGAUUACAUGUUUUUAAAUGUA